GCUUCUGGUGCCCUUAAGGGGCCGUCUCUCCAUUUGGAGGCCAGAUAUGCUAUCCACUCACCGAUCCGAUCUGUUUUAGUGAUGCGCGAUGGGUUGUGGCGUUUCGGCUUCGGGAAGGUACCUGCCCAGCGAAGCUGGGAAGACCCAGGCCAGCGCUACAAGCUCCACCAGCCUGCGGGAGUACUUCCAGAACCACUACAAACAAGGAGCUACCUUUGAACACAGCGAAUACCAGGAUGAUGAUGGAGAAUGGUGUUGGGUACACAAGGGAACCACGAUCAAGGUGUGGAAAGAUGCCAUUGAUCUCUCUCAGGGCCGCGGACACGAAGCCGUGGAAUGUUUCUUCCACUACACAUCAGAGCUUGGUUUCAGAAAUAUCACCAACACCAAGAAGGAAGAUGUUGAGAUUUUCGCUUCUCUGAUGAUUCAAGGAGAAAGAGCGACGGCCUGGUGGGGCCAAGGUGUCUACACCGUGAGGAAAGCGCCUCACGAAUGGCCGGAUGCAGAAACGCUUGUGGACAAUAAUUUCCGCAACAUGUUUGCCAGAGAUGCCGAGAAUGAUGGCAUUGAAGCAGCCAAAAAGGAGUAUUAUGGCCGAAUUGCAUAUUGCAUUCCGAUCCUGGCGUUUGCAUCCUGCAUUUACGACGUGUCCACCAGACAAACACCUGAGAUGGUCCAGCAGGACCGACCCCCUGGCACGAAUUUGGCGGGAAAGUUGCUGAACGAACCCGGAAAGCGCAGUCGAGAGUGUGUGGUGGUGCGAGUGGAGCAUGAAGAUGAAAUCACCAAUGCCAGUGCUGUGCUGCUGGAAACGCUACGGCAACGUGCUCAUGGUGUGCAGCAACGAUUUGGACCAGAUAAUCUGAACACUCUUGGGGCCAUUUCCCGGCUUGCCAAUGUGUUGAAGAAUAGAGGUCUCUACGAAGAGGCCACUCCACUCUUCGAACGCGCCCUCCAGGGUCGCGAGGAGAUUUUGGGACCCGAAGAUCCUGACACUUUGACGGCAGCCAACAGUCUGGCACUGCUGUUGGAGGCACGCUUCAUGCUGGCCGAAGCCGAGCCGCUCUUUCGUCGCGCCCUGAUGGGGCGACAGAUGAAAUUGGGGCCGAAGCAUCCGGAUACGUUGGAGGUGAUGAACAACUUGGCCAAGUUGCUUCAGGCGCAGGGGAAGUUCACCGAAGCUGAACCGCUCUUUCGAAAAGCCUUGCUGGGGUGUGAAGAGAAAUUGGGCAAACGGCACCCGCACACACUGACAUUGAUCAACAAUCUUGCAGGUGUCCUUCAUGUCCAAGGCAAACUCAACGAGGCCGCCCCUCUGUUCGCGCGAGCGCUGGAGGGCCGCGAAGCUGAGCUGGGGAAGAACCAUCCGGACACCCUGACGUCGGUGAACAACUUGGCGCUGCUGUUGGAGGCUCAGGGCAAGUUUAAGGAGGCCGAGCCCUUACUGUGGCGGGGACUGGAAGGAUAUCGAGAGGAGCUUGGCAGCGAUCAUCCCGACACCUUGGCCUUCGUCAACAACUUGGCACAUCUCUUGCAGGCGCAAGGACGUUUGCAAGAGGCAGAGGCACUCUAUCGCCAAGGGCUGGAAGAUUGCCAGGUGAAAUUGGGCGCCAGCCACCCGCACUCGCUGACGCUGUUGACGAGCUUGGCCAACUUGGUUCUGGUGCAGGGGAAGGAGGAAGCUGAGGUUUUGCUGGUGCAAGCAAUGGAGGCCUGUGAGGCAAACCUGGGAUACCAACAUCCUUUGACCUUGGUGUCAGUGAAUGGUCUCGCCGUGGUCUUCGAAGCUCAGCAGAAGCUGGACGAGGCGGAACCCUUGUUCCGCCGGGCGCUGGAAGGCAACGUGGUGCACUACGGAGCAGAACACCCUCACAGUGUGCUCUCGCUGGAGAAUUUGGGGCGUUUGCUUCAGCGGAAGGGGAACCUGGCCGAAGCCGAGUCGUUAUUCCAAAAAGCCCUGGAUCUACGCGAGAAGACUUCGGGGAAUGUGUCCGAGACAUUGGCAGCCAACAACCUGGGAAGGGUCUUGGACCCGGACGACCAGGAGGCGGAGCGCCUGCUCCACCGCGCCUUGACGCACCACAGCACCGUGGGACCCACGGGGCCGCAGACGCCGGAGCAGCUGCAGCUGACGCGACUGGUGACCACGGCGUCCACGGUGACCUCGUUGUUGCUGUCACAGGAGAAAGAUGAUGAAAGCGAGAUGUCCUUGGUCUCAGUGAAUGGAUUGGCUUUCAUGUUCGAAGCCAAAGGUGAUUUCAGUGAGGCGGAGCCACUCUUUUGGCAGUUGCUGAAACAGCGUGAAACCAAGUUUGGCCCCAAUCAUCCUCAAACUUUCAGGUUGCGAGAGCGUUUGGCUCGACAACUCCAGGACCAAGGGAAACUGCAGGAUGCUGAGCCCUUACUGCGUUCGGCCCUGCAAGCACGUGAAGCCGCCCUGGGGCCAAGGCAUGUGGAAACGCUGGAAGCUGUGCGCAAUCUGCUGUCUCUGCUGGACUCUUUGGGCAAGACCGAAGACUCCGAGUCGCUGCUACGACGACUCUUUGAGGGUCAAGAGGCGACGUUGGGACCAAAGGAUCCCAACACCUUGGAGUCCCUCUCCAACUUGGCCAAGCACCUUGAAGCCAAAGGUGACUCUGAGGCCGAAAAACUGUUCAAGGAGUUGGAGCUGCGGCAAGGCGCCAAGGAGUGAAUUUUUUAACCCAAACCAGUGGCAAACCCUUCUGGUAAAACCAGUGAGGUUUGCUGUUUGUCGUCUCACUCUUUCCAACAGCGAUUCCGCAUCAAAGGGUUGGACGGUACGGUUGAAAA